GUGUGUGUGUGUUAUUGCAUGUUAACUGUCUGCAGUGGAUGUGCUAAUGCUGAGCCUCUCUGGGCGGGUCCUCUUGGUUCCUGUUUCUAGUUCCUUUUUCUCUCCAGAGUCCGUGUCUCAGUUCUUUCUCUCGACGUGGAUCUCCACAUGAAGGUCUCUGAACUCGUCUGUCUGGAACGUUCUACUCGUCAACUCCAGCUGUUCUUUAGUUACAGAGAGAGGUUCACCUCACUUCUAAAGGAGGGACAAAAGAUGGAGACGCCUCAGGAAGUCGUCUUAAGAAUCUUACAAGCCUUGGGAGCUGAGGACUUUGAAACGUUUAAUUGGCACCUGCAGCAGGAAGGAGCCCUCAACGACUUCCCAGCAAUCCCAAGGUGUAAACUGGAGAAAGAAACCCGGCUUAACACCGUGGAUAUGAUGCUCCAGACCUACAGUAAACACAUUAUUGAUGUGACCAGAAUAGUUUUAGUGAAGAUGAAUCGAUAUGAUCUGGUGAAGAAGUUACCACGUCGUGGAGAAGUCAACAACCCAGAAGGUGAAGAGAUUCGUGCUGAGUGUCAGCAAAACCUCAAAUCUAAGCUAGACAGGAAGUUCCAGCGUGUGUUGAAGGGAUUGCUAAGAAGGAACCAAAAACCUGACCAAAGAGCAGGACUCAGCAGGUUUGAAGAGGUCCCGGUGGUCUUCAUCUUUGACGGUCUCGAUGAGUGUCGACCUCCUCUGGACAUCCCCAACACUGAGAUCCUGACUGAUGUUACAAGAGUCCACCUCCUUCUGGAGAAGGUGUUGGAGACCAAGAGGGAGGAGAAACUGCCCAAGACCCUGACUGAGAUAGUCAGACUAACAAACAUCAUCAGCACGUUUCUACCAGAGAGCUGUGGACAAGGCCUUACAGAGUCUAAUGGACACCUGGACUUGUUCCUCCGCUUCCUCAUGGGUCUUUCUCUGCAGACCAAUCAGAGUCCUCCUACAG